AUGGGGGGGUUCGUUGAACAAAUGAAGUUGAUGCUAGUACUGGACAUAUGCGUGCCGUUCACCAUUGUAAUUGCCUUCAUGGCCAUGAUAACGCAGAUGGAAACUAUGCCACCGACGGAAUCUCAAAUAUGCCACAAAAGGGAGCAACCCCUCCCAUCAUCUGGUACGUUCCCAUUUUUAAAAGGACUCACGUGUUUCUCCGGAUUCGCUUGCUACGACAAUAGCCAGAGUAAAGUUACGGAUUUGGAUUACUCUGAGGGACUUGACGACACCCUGAGUGAUAAGUUGAUAAAACUUGUUAACAGUCCCAAGGUGGCUAGUGUGAUCUCAGAGGUUAAAGUUUUUUUGAAGUUUUUCAAAAAUGAAUUUCAACUUAAAGCCCUGGACAUGCACAAGUUCCAUGAGGCUUUGAUGGGGUUUGAAACUUCCGAAGACGAAGAGCACUUCAUAGGGGACUUCCUGGUCAGAGGUUGGAGACUUUCCGGUCUGGCUGGCGAGAUGGCGAACUCCAAAUUCCGUCCAAUGAAGCUCUUAACUGAAUUGUACUCUAAACAGUUUCCCAGCGAUAACAAAAAUCGCAGGACCGUAGCUGGGAUGCUGUACCACAGGAUCUGUGUUGAGUCCGGCUCCAAAAUUUUAGCUGAUAGCGAUGUUCAGACUAAACUUUGUACUUUUGAAACAAGAAAGGCUGGCAGAAUGAAUCCAGAAAUUUAUAAACUUUGGGAUAAGAUCAGUGGCUUUGUGAGUUAA